AUGCAAAUUUUAUUAUUAAGAAAGGAAAAAAAGCGCCGUUGGUGGACACAUCCUAUGUUACUACGCCGUGAAAGCCAUGGACAUUUCCAUGUGAAUUAUGAAGAAUAUCGAAAACAUCCAGAUUGGUUUGAAGAUGAAUAUUUAAUGCCAAUUCCUGUUUUCGAUGAACUGUUAAGUAUGCUGUCAAGAAACUUAUCAAAGCAAGAUACUCAUAUGAGGAAAUGUAUCGGGCCAUGUGAAAGAUUAGCAGUAACACUACAAUAUCUUGCCACUGGAACAAGUUAUAAACGCCUUCAGAAUACGUACAAAAUUUCAAAAAAAACGUUAGCUAAAGUAAUAAAAGAAACAUGUGGAAUUAUAUGGAAAGUGUUAGCCCCUACAGAAAUGGCGGUUCCAAACAAAGAAUCAUGGAAAAUAAUCUCAGAGGGAUUUAAAGACAAUGCAAAUUUUCCACAUUGCUUGGGAGCUCUAGAUGGCAAACACAUUCGAAUUCAGUGUCCCCCAAAUUCCGGCUCUCUAUACUUUAAUUAUAAAAAGUACAACUCAAUCGUUUUAUUGGCUUUGGUGGAUUCUAAUUAUUGUUUUACUGUGAUUGAUGUAGGGUCUUAUGGCCGUGAAAAUGAUUCUACUAUUUUUCAAUCUUCAAUUCUAGGUCAAAAGCUAAAUGAAGAAACUCUUGAUUUGCCGGAAGAAGAACAUAUCGUAUCUGACGGACCCAAAAUGCCAUAUGUGAUUGUAGCCGAUGAAGCCUUCGGUAUUCAUCGAAAUUUAAUGCGACCGUAUCCAGGUCGAUGUCUUCCUAUAGACAAAAAAAUUUUUAACUACAGGCUGUCUCGUGCGAGACGUUACGUCGAAUGUGUCUUUGGACAACUCGCAGCAAAAUUUCGCAUAUUUCAUAACACAAUAAAUCUUCAACCGGACACUGCAAUUCUUGUAAUAAAAGCAGCUUGUGUUUUGCACAACUUUAUGAAGCGUCGAGCAUUAAAUGCCAUUGAUGAGAAUAAAAAUAAUGGACAUAACGCAACUGAUAGCGACAAUGAAGACAUAUCCAAUCUUCAAAAUAUGACACCCAUACUUCAAAGGACAAGGAAUUCGGGGUUGCAUAUUCGAAACUUAUUUACAGAUUAUUUUAACACAGUGGGCGCGGUGCCUUGGCAAAAUAACUACAUCGUUUGA